AUGUCCCAGGUGUAUUUCGACGUAGAGGCUGACGGCCAGCCAUUGGGCCGUAUCGUGUUCAAGCUGUACAACGACGUGGUGCCCAAGACCGCGGAGAACUUCCGCGCGCUGUGCACCGGCGAAAAGGGCUUCGGCUACGCCGGGUCUCCAUUCCACCGUGUGAUCCCGGAGUUCAUGCUGCAGGGAGGAGACUUCACGGCGGGUAACGGGACCGGCGGCAAGUCGAUCUACGGGGGCAAGUUCCCGGACGAGAACUUUGUGCGCCGCCACGAGCGCCCCGGGCUGCUGUCGAUGGCCAACGCAGGCCCUAACACCAACGGGUCGCAGUUCUUCAUCACGACGGUGCCAUGUCCUUGGCUGGACGGCAAGCACGUGGUGUUCGGCGAGGUGAGCGAGGGCUACGACGUGGUCAAGAAGGUGGAGUCGCUCGGGUCGCCCUCGGGCGCCACCCGCGCGCGCAUCACGGUCGCCAAGUCUGGCGAGUUAUAG